ACAUUCAGUGCCAGCCCACCCGACAUAACUCACACAAAAACCUUAUUUAGUUGCUAAAUUUCGAUUCCCAAAAUGGAAUUUCUCAUUAACGAUGGAAAUAUUUUUAAUAAGGAUUCUGACCAUUCUCUCCUCGGCAUAUCGAACCAUAGCGCCACAUCCGGCAUCGGACCCGGAAAUGCGCUUCCUAUUACCGCUAUAGCCAGCAUCACCAACCUCUUGGAUCAGUGCAACAAGCCCGCUUGCGAUGAAGAUGUCGACAUGCAGUGCAUUGUCGACCUGGUCACUGCUACCAUCUGCGAGGCAAAAGCUAUAAUUGAAUCAGAUCCGCGGGGUCUGUUCUGCUACAAGUAUCCCAAGAUGACGUUGUCGGAUUUAAACAUGGGCUCAUCAAACAUCGAUGUUAUAAUGGCCAAUGACAAUCAGUCGUACUCAAGUGGUAAAACGACCUUUGUCUACGGAAUGCCGCAAGAAUCCGUCUCAAGUGGCAUCGCGCGUAGGGAUCUAACAAUUGAAAACUUUGACUACAGCGAUGCCAUUGCUGACAUUCGGGACUUUAUCAGCCGGUGGGCAUUGUCGCCGGACACCAAAUGCGUUGUGACCAGUAAUCCGCUUCGCCACGAAGUUCCCGUCAAGGGCACCAUUUUCUUUGUCGAUGCCCACUUUUCACAACCGACGCCACGGUGUCCUAAUCCCUUGGCAGUGGCCAAGGUGCGAUUCUUUGUAACCGUAUCGAAGCUAAUGAUGCGAAGCUAUCCUAUUAUGAUCACCUAUCGCUUCGAGGGAUACAACACGCUCUACUACGUCCUGGGCGAGCGAUCGCUCAACUUAUUCCACUUCCAGCGCUUCUACAUCGACACCAUUCUUCACACCAAGCUGACCUUCUUCGCGGCGAUAGCAGAGUGUCGCCACGGCACCGUAGAGAACCCCAAGGACAAUGUCAGGCCAAAGAAAAAGACAAAAAGCCCGGUGCGAAAGUAACUGAGCUGCUCGUGUUUUUCGUACUCACUGUAAU